GAGUGCAGCUCUGCCAUGAGUCUGUGUGAGGACAGAGAAGAGGGAGGCCCUCCCUCUGAAAGCCCUCUGUGUGGGGACCAUGAGAGCCAGAGCACAGUUCCCAGGAGGCGGAGGCAGAGACCAGACUCUCCUGAACCCAGCUGUAUGUCCAUGAAGAGUGACUGGACUAAAGAUCUUCCUAUUCACUUUAGUAAAAGGAGGUGGAGGCAGAGACCAGACUGUCCUGAGCCCAGCUGUAUGUCAUGAAGAGUGACCGGUCUAAGGAAGAGCCUAUUGAAGUUACAUCUGAACAACAUGCUGAUAUGAGAGUUCAGCAGCAGAGCUCAGAGGUUCACAGUGAUCAGUCUGCACAGCAGCAUCAGCCACAUCUGGACUCCAUAUUUAUGCUGCUGGAGGAGAACAUGGUCACUUUUGUGAAGAACGAGCUGAAGAAGAUCCAGAGGGUCCUGAGACCAGAUUACCCAGAAUGCUUAGAGAGUCAGAGGGAGGAUGAGGAGGAGUUGGACGGUGAGGAUGAAGAGCAGAGGAGGAGCAGCAGAGAGUCAUUUCUGCAGAUCACAAUUAACUUCCUGAAGAGGAUGAAGCAGGAAGAGCUGGCUGAGCGUCUGCAGGGCAGACUUGAUCCUGGAGUCUGUCAACGUAAACUGAAGUCUAAGCUGCAGCAGAAGUUCCAGCAUGUGUUUGAGGGGAUUGCUAAAGCAGGAAGCCAAGCCCUUCUGAAUCAGAUCUACACAGACCUCUACAUCACAGAGGGAGGGACUGGAGAGGUUAGUGAUGAACAUGAGGUCAGACAGAUGGAAACAGCAUCCAGGAAACCAGUCAGACCAGAAACAACCAUCAGGCAUGAAGACAUCUUUAGACCUCCACCUAGAAGAGCUGGACCAAUCAUAAGAGUGAUGACAAAGGGAGUGGCUGGCAUUGGGAAAACAGUCUUAACACAAAAGUUCACCCUGGACUGGGCUGAAGGCAAAACCAACCAGGACAUUGACUUCACAUUUCCAUUCACUUUCAGAGAGCUGAAUGUACUGAGAGAGAAAAAGUUCAGUCUGGUGGACCUGGUUCAUCACUUCUUCACUGAAACCAGAGGAAUCUGCAGCUUUGAAGAGUUCCAUGUUGUCUUCAUCUUUGAUGGUCUGGACGAGUGUCGGCUUCCUCUGGACUUCCACGGCACUGAGGUCCUGACUGAUGUCACAGAGUCCACCUCAGUGGAUGUGCUGCUGACAAACCUCAUCAGGGGGAACCUGCUUCCCUCUUCUCGCCUCUGGAUAACCACGCGACCUGCAGCAGCUAAUCAGAUCCCUCCUGAGUGUGUGGACAUGGUGACAGAGGUCAGAGGGUUCACUGACCCUCAGAAGGACCAGUACUUCAGGAAGAGGUUCAGAGAUGAGGAGCAGGCCAACAGGAUCAUCUCUCACAUCAAGAGCUCCCGAAGCCUCCACAUCAUGUGCCACAUCCCAGUCUUCUGCUGGAUCACUGCUACAGUUCUGGAGGAUGUGUUGGAAACCAGAGGGGUAGGAGAACUGCCAAAGACCCUGACUGAGAUGUACAUCCACUUCCUGGUGGUUCAGACCAAACUGAAGAAGGUCAAGUAUGAUGGAGGAGCUGGGACAGAUCCACACUGGAGUCCAGAGAACAGGGAGAUGAUUGAGUCUCUGGGAAAACUGGCUUUUGAGCAACUGCAGAAAGGCAACCUGAUCUUUUACGAGUCAGACCUGACAGAGUGUGGCAUCGACAUCAGAGCAGCCUCCGUGUACUCAGGAGUGUUCACACAGAUCUUUAAAGAGGAGAGAGGACUGUACCAGGACCGAGUGUUCUGCUUCGUCCAUCUGAGUGUUCAGGAGUUUCUGGCUGCUCUUCAUGUCCAUCAGACCUUCAUCACCUCUGGAGUCAGUCUGCUGGCAGAAGAACAAGCAACAUCCUGGUGGGGGUUUAAACUGUUUAGAGACAAACCUGAACUAAAACAUCUCCACCAGAGAGCUGUGGACAUGGCCUUACAGAGUCCAAAUGGACAUCUGGACUUGUUCCUCCGGUUCCUCCUGGGCCUUUCACUGCAGACCAUACAGACUCUCCUACGAGGCCUGCUGACACAGACAGGAAGUGGUUCACAGACCAAUCAGGAAACAGUCAAGUACAUCAAGAAGAAAAUGAGUGAGAAUCUGUCUCCAGAGAGAAGCAUCAACCUGUUUCACUGUCUGAAUGAACUGAAUGAUCGGUCAAUGGUGGAGCAGGUCCAACAGGCCCUGAGAUCAGGACGUCUCUCCACAGAUGAACUGUCUCAUGCUCAGUGGUUGGCUCUGGUCUUCAUCUUAUUGUCAUCAGACAAAGACCUAGACAUGUUUGACUUGAAGAAAUACUCUGCUUCAGAGGAGGCUCUUCUGAGGCUGCUGCCUGUGGUCAGAACCUCCAACAAAGCUCUGCUGAGCAGCUGUAACCUGUGAGAGAGAAGCUGUGAAGCUCUGUCUUCAGUUCUCAGCUCCGAGUCCUCUUGUCUGAGACACCUGGACCUGAGUGACAAUGAGCUGCAGGACUCAGGAGUGAAGCUGUUGUCUGUUGGACUGGGGAGUCCACAUUGUAAACUGGAAAGUCUCAGGCUGUCAGGCUGUUGCAUCACAAAGGCAGGCUGUGCUUCUCUGGCCUCAGCUCUGAGCUCCAACCCCUCCCACCUUAGAAAGCUGGACCUAAGCUACAACCAUCCAGGAAACUCAGGAAAGAAGCUGCUGUUGGCUCAAGAGGAGGAUCCACACUGGAGACUGGACCAUCUCAGGUUGGACCAUGGUGGACCACAGUGGAUGAGACCUGGUCUGAGGAAGUAUUUCUGUGAACUGGAACUGGACACAAACACAGUGCACAGACAACUACAACUGUCUGACAACAACAGGAAGGUGACACGGGUGGAGGAGGAUCAGUCAUAUCCUGAUCAUCCAGACAGAUUUGACAACUGGCCUCAGCUGCUGUGUAGAACUGGUCUGAGCGGUCGCUGCUACUGGGAGGUCGAGUGGAGUGGAUGGGUUUAUAUAUCAGUGAGCUACAGAGGAAUCAGGAGGAAAGGCGGUAGUGCUUACUGUUUGCUUGGAGCGAACGAUCAUUCCUGGAGUCUGACCUGCUCUGAUCGUGGUUACUAUGUCUGGUACAAUAACAGAGAAACAACCAUCUCCUCCUGCUCCCCGGUAUCUCACAGAGCAGCAGUGUAUGUGGACUGUCCUGCUGGCACUCUGUCCUUCUACACAGUCUCCUCUGACACACUGAUCCACAUCCACACCUUCAACACCACAUUCACUGAACCUCUUUAUCCUGGGUUCAGGAUCUGCUCUCCUGGUUCCUCAGUGUCUCUGUGUGGUAUGUAGGUGUGAGUCUCCUGUGGACACAAACUCUAGCUGAAGAUCAGCUGCUGAGGUCAAAGGUCACUAAGUUCACCAUCCCCCUUUCUGCACUGUGAAGCAGAUCUGUGUCCGACUCAAACACCAAACAUUUUAUUUAUCUGAUUUCAUCACUUUGGCCAUCAACAUUUGGCCAGUUCAGUAAAGUGGGUUUGAUUGUGUGAUGAUUAUUGUCUCCAUUCACUCUGCUGUUGUUGCUGCCAGGAUCCAUAGAGCAGCAUCCAGCUCUGCUCAGGGAUUAACAGUGUCUCUGUUCAACAUCUGUCCAGCUGUGGAAGCCCAGUCAGGUCAAGUCAAAUCCAACGUCGUCUGAUAUUGGAUUAUCAUGAUUGAUGCAUUAUUGUGUUCAUAUUGUGCAGCUGGUAAAGGGGGUGCUCAUGUUAACUACCUUUUAUAUUCCUGGGUAGCUGGUGAAUUUCCCACCGUGGAUCAAUAAA